CGAUGCCUAUUUCUGCCAUAGUGGAGAUGUCAUACUGGAAGGUCAACGAGUGGCGGGUGGCUCGGUUGCAGCUAGCAAUAGGGAGGGAGAUAUCUGGUCAUCCGUAGCACAUGACGUCUUUGAGCAGACACAGAAGAACGAAGAAAAAUCAAGUAAGCAUAAAGUUGUUCUUUUCGAUCGCAGUGAAGGGAUAUUUGCAGUGGAAACAGGUGUAUGGGAUGGAGGUAGACGUGGCCAUAAUCGUCAAACGGUUACUCUCCACUAUGAAUCAGAGGAGUGUACAUGUCAAAAAUAUCAAAACGAAAGGAUACCCUGUUCACAUGCAAUGACAGUAGUAAGUCAUUAACAAUGAACAGAAACACUCUGGUGAGUCCUUACUACACUGAACAAGCGAUACAGAACUCAUAUGAUGCAGCUUUGAGUCCCAUGCCAGAUGAAGCGUAUUGGCCUAUAUAUGCUGGGAAGUUGAUUAUCUCACUGUUGCACCUAAAACGCACCAAGGGUCGUCCUAGAAUUGAAAGGAUUCACAAUGAGAUGGAUCAAGUGCAGCGCACGAGGCGGGGGCCGAAGCGAUGCUCCAAGUGCAGAAAACCUGGCCAUGACAAGAGGCGUUUGUCCAACACGGUGAAUACCCUGUGUUUGUCCAUGUCAGCGAUCCGCGUCGCAUUCAUCGUGGCAUAAUAAAACGGGGAGCAUUCACCGCAUUUGACCAAAACGGUGAUGUUUUCACCGUUUUCUUUUAAAAUGGUGAAUGGCCCCUCAUUGCUCACCGCUUUAAACGAAGACGGUGAACACGCCAUCGUUUUAAUUAAAAACGGUGAAAUGUUCACCGUCUUUGUCAAACGUGGUGAUUAUAUUCACUGCGUUUGCCAAAAACGGUGAAUGUGAAACAUGUGUACUUUUGGAAACUUUUUUUAUAACUUUUGUAUUUUGAGAAUAUUUUUUAAGAAAUUUGGUAUUUUUUC